AUGAGUUAAAUUGAAUAACUUUGCCAAGACUCCAAUUUAUCAUGCGGAAGGGGAAUUUUUAUAGGAAUUUAUGCUGGAUUAAUUUUUGCAAUUUCAAUCUAUUGUUUAAUAAAGCUUUAUGGAUUUAUGGGCAGAAUAUCCUAUGAAAUGAUACCUUUAACCACAUGUGCCAUUCAAUCUUCUUUGCAUUUCAUCAAUGACAUCUUUUUAGUUACAAACUCUUUAUAAAUCGUUAUAAUUUACUUUUGUUUACAAACUUUCAUAUUGAUUUCGCAAAGCUUUUUUCAUUUGUACUACAAAAUGACGUAUUCUUCUGAAGAAUUUUAAGGAUAUCGAUAGAAAUAAAAGUAUAGCUUGUUAAUAUUUUAAAUACUUUUUACAACAAUAAUCCUAGUAUAUUUGAUUUAACUAGAUGAUUAGAAUUGUUUGGUCUAUUUCAACUUAGGAUUAGCUCUAUAAUUCAUAAUUAUUUUAUUUAGUGUGUUAAUAUCAAUACUAUAUGGUUAGAAAUUAAAAUAAGUUAUGAACAAACAUGAAUAAACAAACGUGACAAAAAUAGCAAAUUAUUAAACGACAGCUGUGUAGAUAGUUUUGACCACUACUGCAGUUUUUGAAUUUAUUAUGUCAAUUUUAUCACUUACCACAUUUUAAGGAUUGUUUUGUAAUUUACCAUUAAAUAAUUCUAAUGGUGAUGGAUUUACAUCUGGAGAGAAUGUAUACUUGACUUUCUUCUCCAUUAUAGAAAUGACUCCUUGUAUUUUAGUACCGAUAAUUUUUUUCUACCUCCCAUAAAUAUCAUAAUAAUAAAACCAAAAGCAAGAGUUCAACUUGAAUGACACAUUUUUAUUAUAAUCUGCAAGACCAUCUUUGGAUUUCAGUGGAUUAAUAAAUAUUUCUAUUGAAUUAAAAUAAUGA